AUAGAGUGGAUGAUAGGUACCGGUUGAGGUCGACGUUAGGUUACCACAAGGCGGUGACUCACUCAUAUUUCAUAAAUAACUUCCACUCUCUGAAAACCAGUCAAUAAGUAAAUUUACCUAACUAGGGCAAACACCAUGGCAGAACUUAUCCUACGCCUCCAAUCGCUAGAAGACGAUAACUUAUGGAUCAUCGAGCAAAAGACAUUUGACAUCUUGAAGGAUUAUCUACAAGAAGAAAGUAUCAUAUAUACAUCAGCGGAAACAGCCGCAAUCGCACUUGAUGAUUUAAAUCCCAUGAAACGUAGUGAAAGCGGAGAAUAAGUCAAAGAAGCAAUCGAGAGUUUUCUUCUAGAAACUUGGAGUACCUUUAUUGAAAUCGCGAAACAGAUACCCAGUGAUCAUUCUUCGCAGGCAAAAUUCGUCGACUUGAUAAAGGCUUUGGUACGCCUUCCAUCAAUUCCUGUCAUUGUCUGGAAGGUACGUAUCAGUAUCAUUCGAAUUGUGUACAUUCGUGUUGAUAUAUAGUUCUAUCUUACAGUCUGAGAGAAAGCUUUGGGAAGAUCUUCCACUCAUAGUGGUGGCGUUUCGUGAAGCAUGGAUUGGUAUGCGAGUAUUCUAUCUUGUCUUGUUGAUAACUAUCUAUUCUCAUUACUUAAGUGACUUAAUUAUGUGCUGAUAAAGAAUAAUUCCCAGAACCAUCCACUGCAGAAGAUACCAUAACGCCCUUCCAACAAUGGUGGAACCUCAACAGUUUCGCCGCUCGUCUUCUACACAGCAAACUCGUGACUUGGAUCCAUUUUCCAAUCUGGUCUCUGCGGGCAGCGCUGGAAGAAGAAUCUCCUGUAGCAGACAUCCGGGAUUAUCAUAUCCUAGCUGCAGCGCAAUGGAUUGAGCAUAGCGGGUCGUAUCUCUUUGAGCGAAUUGGUGAUAAAGAGUUGAGUAGCUAUGAGGAGAAGAGUCUUAGUGGUGGUGCGCUUUAUUCUGGACGGUCGGGACUUUGUUUGGAAAGGUGGAAAUUUUGGAUUAGUCGGUUGAGGGAUAUUGAGGGGCUGCAGUCUGGGGAAGGAGAGACCUCCUCGUAUCCUGAACAGGUCAGAUGUGCUGCUGGAAAGGCGGUGGGAAUUAUGGAGGGGCUCCUAGGAGAGGCUGCUGCUGGGGAUGAUUGUGUCGAAGAAGUUACUGGGUAUGAAGCUUUUGAAGAGAGUGAUAGCUGAUCCAAUGAUCUAAUGGAGAAAUCCUCAAACUAAGAGUUCUGUCGGAGUAUCUUAGUAUUGCACCAAGACAGUCAAUUCGAAAGCUCAUAAGUUGGUGCCAUGAAUAAGAGUUAUUUAGAUUAUUCCCAAUUGCCCACUGGUGGCCUAGAGAUUGAUCAAC